AUGCCGGCGGAUGUGGAGUACAGUCCGGUGGGCGAGGGACUGGGGAUGAGGGACUUCUGGCUCUACGUGUGGAUGAGGAGGAUCUCCGUCAUCGCCGCGCAUGUCAUCGCAGUGGGACUCACGCUGCUGAUUUCUCUGUUGUCCCGGCCGGGAACAAGUCUGUUUUCCUGGCAUCCGGUGUGCAUGUCUUUUGCAUACUGCCUGUGCAUGACAGAAGGCAUCCUUCUCUUCUCCGCUGAAGGAUCAACCUUCUGCUUCAAAUCUCGUAAAGGCAAAGUCCGCCUUCACUGGUUCUGCCAGGCCCUGGUCCUUGUGGCAGCUGCCACCGGGGUUAGCUUCAUGGUCGCCAGUAAGAAUGUGUCUGAGCACCCUCAUCUGAUCACCUGGCACAGUCUACUGGGGGUAGCCACCCUGGCUGCAACUUUGCUCCAAGUGGCCUGCGGCGUUUGCCUGCUCUUCCCCAAGCUGCUCCGGGUUAUCUCUCCCCCCAGGAUGAAGCUCUACCACGCCACCUGUGGCCUGGUGGCCUACCUGCUCGCUAUGGUGACAGUGGUGUUGGCCAUGUUCUCUGACUGGUUCCAAGCCACGGUGAAGGGAGUAGUUUGGUGGGCCUUCCUACUGCUGCCCUUUUUCUCUGCCCUGGUGGUAAUGAAUCAAAUCACUAAUGCCUACCUGCCUCGCAAGAAGAUCACCCGCUAG